AUGAAGGCCGCCUUACGACUAGGCCGCAAGGCGACGUCGACAAAGACCACAGCCCAGAGUGGCGAGCCGGAGCGUGAAGCGGCGCCUCGCAUUUCUGACACGGUCCCGCGCCUGCCAGCGCUGUUGACAGGCUCGGCGGAGCGCUCCAAGGGACUGGAAGACGCGCAAGACGCGCUGGGCAGCCUCGGCGGAUUUUCGCGGCUGGGACUGGACGACUUUAUGCUGGCGAGCGAGUCGGAGGGGCAGCAGCAGCAAAAGCAGCAGCAUCAGCAGCUUCAUGCCUCGCGCUCUCGCCUGGGCGAAAUUCCUGCUGAAAGCGCGGGGGGCGGCAGCAGCGACGCCGUGCCCGACCGCCCCAACGUCUCAGCUGCGCCAAAACACGCCGCCGAGCCGAGUCCAAUUUGGAAAAACAAUCCAAAUCCAAAUCCAAAUCCAAACCCGGACGCGGUCGCAGAGGCGGAGGCGGACGCAGCUGCAGCGCCUGCACCCGCUGCUGCUAGGAAUAUUAUUUUUGCUGCAUCGGCAGUCUCAGCUCGGCUCCAGGGUGCAGAUCGGAGCUCGAUGGGCACGCCUGCAGCUGCUGAUCCCGGUUUGACGGCCGUCGAUCCUCGCAAUCCCCACAGUCUUCAGACCUCGUCCGACUCGUCCAUCCUCCCGACUCCAUCCACCACAGCACUCGACGACGACGAUACCCCAGACCACCAACCAUCCAACAGCUCGCCACAACUCCCACAGCCCGCCACAGCCUUGUCUCUCCUGCGCCAGAGUCAUGACAACGACUCCAUCACUGCUGUGAGGAACCACGACUUGACCACCGACCAAACCCACGCACAUCUCGAAGCCAAUUCCUCGGCUGCUGCCGGACAAGAUACCACCAUGAUGGACAGACAGCCGGCCUACUACCCCUCGCAGUCGGCCUAUACCAAGUCCAAGGCGCCUGCUGCCCCACGUGGUCCUAGCAAGUCGUCUGUCUCCACCAUUCUCGAGUCCGCCAAGCGCGCCCACUCGUCCAAAUCAGGCCCCUCGCUCACCGUCCACACGGGGCCCUUGCACGGCAACACGCUGGCUUCCACAUCGUCCAUCCACACCUCGGCUUCCGCCCUCGUCUUUCCGUCUUCGCCUGGCGAGGGACCACCCGUAGAACCGAGUCUGUUCGCCUACGGCGCCUCUUCCUCCUCGUCCGUCCUCAGGAUCCCCAAGAAGAAGGACAGCGCCGCCAGCAUACACACCACCCAAACCAAGAAGAGCACACGCUCAAAGAGCAACGACCGCGCCAUCAUCCGCAAUGCACGUGGCGAGAUCGAGUGGAAGGAUGCUCCUCCACUGCCGCCCGCUCUGCCUUCCUCUUCCACUGCACCACAGUCGCGCCGCACCAAUUCACCCUACGAGGCUGUCGACUCGCGCUCGCGCACUCGCUCCCCCGGCAAGCCUAGCUCCCAGACUGUGCGCGGCUCCGACGACCCGCGCCGCCAACGCUCGCACACCGCAGACGUGCCGUACACUGCCGUCGGCAGCAGCGCCGAUGCCAUGCCGAGGACCGCACCGCAACGUCCCAGGCAUAGACGUCGUUCAACAGACGACGCCGAUGGCUUCCACACCGCCGACGAGGACGACAUCGAGGCACGCGAGUGGGAGCGCAAGCGCGAUCUGGAAAACCAAGCCGACCGCCUCGAGGUGCAUCGCAGGCAACAGGCGCGCGAGGACGAAGAGCGUCGCGCAAGGAAACGAGCCGAGCGCGAUCGCCUCACAGCCGAGGCCAUCGAGCGCGAGCGUCAGGCAGACGCGCGCAAGCAGGCCGAUCGCGAAGCACGCCGACUGGCGCGCGAGACAGCUGAACGCGAGGAGGCAGAGCGCAGAUACAGGCAGCGCCAAGAGGCAGAGGCACGCCGCGAGAAGGAGAGGCAAGAAGCUCAGCGCCGCCGCAUCCAGGCAGAGCGCGAGGCCGAAGAGGCACGCAUAGCCCAAGAAAAGGAGGCGGAGGAACGCAGGAUACGCAAGAAGCAGGAGGCGGAAGGACGGCGCAUUCGCAAGGAAAAGGAGGCAGAGGAAAGGCGCAUUCGCAAGGAAAGGGAGGCCGAGGAACGACGCAUUCGCGAGGAAGAGGAGGCGAAGCGCGAGGCGGAAGAGGCGGUCCGAAGAGCCGAGGAGGAGCGUCUCGCAGCCAUCGAGGCCGAGAGGCUCGCCAAGGAAGCUGCCAUCCGCGCCGAGCGCGAGGCGGUGCUCGAAAAGGAACGCCAGCUCGUCGAAGCCAAGCGUCAGGUCGAAGAGGAGGACCGUGCCGCCAGGCGUGCGGGGCGUCGCGAGGACAGGCGCGCUCAGCGUGCACUCGCAGCCGGGUUCCAGCCGGGCGAGAUCGACCCCGAAGCACAGCAGUCGGAAGACGAAGAGGAUGUCGAAGAGACCUUCGACGACCAUAGCGACUCGGAAUCCGCGUCCGAGGUGUUUGUCGACGCAGGCACCGAAGAGGAUGCCGAGGCCAAGAGCGGCACCACCGACUCCAUGGCGCGCUCCACCUCCAACCUCGAUGCGCCCUCUAGCACCGACGGCAGCUCCGACAUGCCUGCUACGCCCGCCGACGAAAAGGCCAUGUCGCUCCCGCCACCCGCAUCGGGGACAGACUUGGCCAGACAGCCAUCGUCCAACGCCAGCCAUGGCCAGGUGAAGUUUGCGCCGGGCACCACCGGCGAGGUGACGCCCCCUGCGCCGCCGCCCGAAAAGAUGGCGCCGUACCGGUCGGAUCGCUUCCGUCACGCCGUGCGCGUGGGUGCCCGCCGCGCGCCGGCCACAAUCCCUCCUUCCACCUCGCUGCUCACCGCGACGUUUGCGGCGACCGACGACGAGGAGGCGGGCGACGACGACGAGAGCGGCGACCCGCAGAUCGUCCAGCCCAACGGCCCGUACCGCGAAGGCGGCAUCACGUACGGGCGUGGCUGGUGUGCGCACGGUCUUGCCGAUCCGUCGCUCACUAUCGACCACCGCCGCUACGUGCGUGUUGCUCGAACCAAGGCUGCCGCCGAAGACGAGACCGCACCAGCCGAGCCGGACUUUGACGAGGUCAUGUACAGCGAUCUGGGCGAGCUCAUUUGGUCCGCCACGACGCCCGACGUGAUUGCGCGCCUCAUCAGCCAUCUCGACUAUGCGGAUGUCAAGGCGCUGCGGCAAACGUCGCAGUCGAUACGCUUCGCGCUCGGCCAGCUGGCGGGGCGCGAAAUCGUGCUGAGCCGGUUCCUGGCGCCCAUCGGCUACCGCACCUGGACGCCGUCCAAGGCGGCGCCCGAAGCAGACGCGCCCGUCGAGGACAAGGACCCGAUGCCGCUCAGCUUUUCGGACUGCGAGGCGUUCCUGCUGAGCUUUGAGCUGCUGCCGGAGUAUGCGCUGGUGGGUGCCGAGUAUGCGCGUGCACCGCACAAGAUGGACGCGCGCUAUCCGAGGUUGGCGCGCGCCACGACGCGCGCGUACAACCGGGUGCUGACGCGGCUGCGCAUGCAGCCUGACCUGCACGUGGCAGGUUCAGCUCGGUCGGCAUCGGGCGAGACGACGACGAUCAGCAGCCCGUGGAAGCCGGGGCGUGCGGGCUUCUUCCGCACCUGGGUGCCGUCCACCGAGACAGGCGGGUGGCUGAGCGAUACCGAGCUGGCGCGGUGCGAGCGCGAGCUGUUCAUCGGCGGCGUCUGGCCGCAUCUGCAAAAGGGCGAUGUGGUGUGGGACUGCGCCGUGGGCGACGAACGCAACGAGGGCAAGUACGUCUUUGACGGACGCUACCUUCGCGAUCUCUCGUUCAUGUUCGACCGGGGCGGACAUUUGCCCUCUUGGCUCAACGCUUUCGUGUUUGCGCCCAGCUACUACCACAACAUCAUCCGGUCCAGCGAUGCCUCUCAACCAGUCAUCUACCUCGACGUGCUUCCGUGGCGCGAUCAGAUCGUAUCGACCAUGCGGCUGGUACAGGAUCAGGUGGAGACAUUCUCGCCACAGGGUGCGCGGUACCGUAUUGCCAAGUGGCUCUACCGUGCGGUGAUCAGCAUCGAGGCGGGUGCGGUGGCGGCAGAGGGCGUCGAUGCGGGAUGGCACGGGAGGAUUGUGAUCGAGACCGAGGGGACGGCUGAGCAUGCCAAGGAGCUCAUUUCGCGGUGUGCCGGACCGGCCGAAUCGGCGCAGACCAAAGCACGGCUGCUCGCCAGCGUCAUGGAUGCAGACGGACGCCCGAGGAUCCCCAAGGCGCCCGCACCCACUACGGAUGCACAGGGAAACAGGAUCGAAACUACCACGCCCUGGGCCAUUGUCCGCGCACGCUCGCGACCGGGUCUCAUCUGGAUCCGUCCCAUCGACAUGCGUGAACGCGUCGUGUUCUGA